AUGCUGCCAACACCGCCUCCAUCUCCACCACUGCUCCGAUGCUGUACCCCUGAGGAACGAUUAGGACUGCUGCUGGCCAACCGUCUGGAAUUGACAAGUAUCCUUGGCGUCGGCGCAUAUGGCGUCGUCUACACUGCCAUCGACAUCCACACCCAUAUCCCCUAUGCGGUGAAGGCUCUCAACAAGAUUGGACUCGACCCAAGGCAACGGAAAUUCCAACAGCGCGAAAUCAAGCUCCACCACUUGGCCAGUCAGCACCCCAAUGUUGUCUCCCUAGUGCGCAUUAUGGAUUCCGUGGACUGUACUUUUGUGGUUAUCGAGUUCUGCCCAGAAGGUGACUUGUUUUCCAACAUCACUGAGCGUGGUCUGUUUGUCGGCAACGAUCCAUUGGCCAGGCGUGCGUUCUUGCAAAUCCUGGAUGCCGUCGACUAUUGCCACUCCAUUGGAAUUUAUCAUCGCGACCUCAAGCCGGAGAACAUCCUUGUCACCGAUGGUGGAAUGACCGUCAAGCUUGCUGAUUUCGGCCUGGCCACUACGGACUACCUGACCUCGGACUUUGGCUGCGGCUCUACAUUCUAUAUGUCACCUGAGUGUCAACAAAUUACUCCACGACCAGGCUCUUGCUACGUCUCGCCCGUCAACGAUGUGUGGAGCCUGGGUGUGAUUCUGGUAAACUUGACCUGUGGCCGCAACCCAUGGAAACGGGCAUCGAAUGAGGACGCGACUUUUCGUGCUUUCUUGAAAGACCCGGAGUUUUUACGGUCCAUUCUGCCUGUGUCUCCCGAGUUGAAUGUGAUUCUGCAACGCAUCUUUGAGUGCGACCCAUUCAAGAGAAUCACCAUUGCGGAGUUGCGACAACUCGUUCUAGAGUGCCCUAGGUUCACUAUGCCUGCUCCAACAGCUAUUCCUGCUGCUACCACUAGAAAAUCCGGACAUCCUGAGGUGUUGCACGCUUAUCCUUAUUACGCUUACCCACCAGCUCCACGAGUGGAGUUGCUUAACGCUCAGUAUUCUGACUCCGCGGUUUCCGAUACCUCCCUCACCGACGAUGAGACUAUCUCUUCUGUUUCAUCGGACUCGGAUUAUGCGUCCGAGGGUGAAGCCGAAGGCUUCUCAUUUGUCGAUCCACAGGCUGUGCCUGAGUUUUGGGAUCCGGUUCCUGUUCAUAUGCGGACCAAUGUGCCGGAAAAGCCAUUUGCUCUACCUCAACAUAUUGAACCUUAUAUUGCGGUUUAUUGA